UCUGGCGCCGCCCUAGUGGACACUGAGCAUGGCGGCAGGGAGAUUGUGAGCAGCGUUAGGGGGUUGCAGGGCAGGGGAGUUGGGGACGUGCAGGUGGUGCGCUUAAUGCUGGAGGAGCACAUUCACGCUGUCACCAUACUGGUCCAGAGGCUGAACAGAGACAUUGAGGUUCUGCAGGAACAGCUGCGAGCCCGGGACGAGGUGACCUACAGAACCCACACCGCCAUGCAGAGGAUGGAGCUACAGCAGCUGUCUGUCCUGGGUGACCUCCGUGGCAGGGUGGCCAGGUGUGAUGCCAACAUUGCUGGGUUGUCAGCUGACCUUCGGUCCACCAAUGAGGACGUUCAGAACCUGAGCAGAGAGCAACAGACCUGUAAGGCUGUGCUGGAAGCCAGACUGAGGAAGGUGGAAUCGCAGCUCUCCUUGAUGUGCAGUAAGAUAGACCAGUCUGCAUCCCUGCAAGAGACCAAGAAGAAAACUCCAGAGGGACACAGCAGUCAACUGGACUCCAAAUUGAAAGGUGUAGCAGAUGAUCUGAAAGCACACAUCUUCUCAGUUCAAAGCUGGAUGGAGAAGGAACAGGAGAACACAGUCAAGGAGGUCAUAAACAAGAUCGAACAGCUGUCUCAGCUCAUUAAGAACAAGUCCAGCAGCAGCGACCGGGCCAUCCAGGAGAAGUACAGCCAGCUCUCGGGGAAGCCGGAGGAGACGCAGAGAAGGAAGGCGGAGCUGAAGAGAGAGAGGGGCUCUGAGCAGAUGCUCAAUGCCAGGAUCAGCAGGAUAGAGAAGAGACUGUGGGACGAGGUGCAGAACAUGAGGGCAGAGACCAACACCGGAUUUGCGGUCAUCCAUGAGAGCCUGGGGGCUCUGAGGAAAGUUCUGGAAGCCAAGAUGAGGCUGGAGCGUGAGCAGCUGGAGAGGCAGAUCAGGCAGGCCCAGAGGAGGGGCGGCAGGCCCGAGCAGAGGGAGACCAUGGGGUAACAGCCCUGGGGCCACCACCACCUCCACCCAAAC